GUCUCGAAGCUGCGAUAUCGUAUGGCAGCCGCCAUAUUUGGAUGGACGGACAUCAAUUUGCGUGCGGGGCAACCUAAGAAAACUUGAAUUACGCAUAAUUUGGGUACCCUAUGCAAUAGUGGAUCGGAUGCCAGCUAUUGUUCUAUAUAAAGUCUUAAUUUAAAGCUAUUUUAAAACAAUGGAUCCUGCCGACAGCACCACAUCCUCUCUGGGGACGACCGGAGAUACAGGCCACCUCUUGCAGGAGCUCAUCAACUUACAGAAAUCACACGUCAUGUCCUCUGGAAAUGUGACGGGAUCGUUACCAAUGCGUGAAAGCAUGGAUCCAGGCAACUCUGGGGAUGGAACUGCGGGCAAUCCCACCCUGACUGAACUGAUGAAGACCAUAUAUGAUAGUCCUGCUCCACGCCAGUUAAUAACACUACAGGGAUCAGACACGGUGAACAGCUUCAGUGUGUACGGGCGAGAAGUGGACAUCAUGGCCAGUAAGGGUAGCAGUGGCAUUAUAACGAGUACUGGUGUGAUGUCACAGUCUACAACAGGCAGCAAUAAGGUGAAGAUAACUCCGGUGGUGAAGUAUGACUGGGAACAGCUCCACUACAUCGGUAACCUGGUGGCGAUACACAAGAACAGCCUACACGCAGCUUAUACUCUCCGAGGAAAGUCUGGUGGCAUCGUGCGGAUCAUUAAUCGUCGGACAGCCGAACGCGUCCUGUUAAAGGAUUUUACUGGCAAGGUUAUAGAUAUAGCCUUUGCUCACACAGACGAUGUCAUCUUUGGCGCUGUCGAUGAGGUUGGCAAUCUCUUCGUGUACAGCAUCAAGGAAACAGACUAUGGGAAACUUGUAACUAACCUGGUUCUUCACGUGCUCCGUGAUAAAGACACACCACACACAGAGUACCACCGCCUGAUCUGGUGCCCAUUCAUCCCCGACGACUCGGACGACAGCAGCGUGACCGAGUCCUCCACUCAGGACGCCUCCAGGGUCCUCGUUCUCACCCACAAUGAGAAGGCGGAGAUCUGGAAUGUGGACCUGGUAACUAAGGAGUACUCGAGUGGUCCGCUGUUAGCUGAGGACGUGGAAUUUGGUCUUAUCCUGAUCAACAGUCACACACAGCCCAUCAUGGAUGCAGCAUUUUCACCGGACGGCACAGCUCUCGCCACAGCAAGUUUGGACGGAGAAGUGAAGUUCUUCCAAGUCAAUAUGGGUGAAAAUACCUCUCCUAGGUGUCUCCACCAAUGGAAGCCACACGACGGUAAACCGCUGUCAAGUCUGUUUUUCCUGGACGACCACAAGUACUUCAGUGCUGAUGCCCAGUUCUGGAAGUUUGCUGUGACUGGAGCUAUGAAUAAUCAGGAGCUGAAAAUCUGGACGUGCGAGUCGUGGACGUGUCUACAGACCAUCAGAUUUUCCUGCCCACCAGGAUUACCAUCAAACUUCCAACUGGACCCGUGUAUGAAAGCUGCGUUAGAUUUGAGUGCCAAGUAUCUUGUCUUGUCUGACAUCAGGAGGAAGGUGCUAUAUGUGUUACAAAUACAUCAGGAGGGGGAUUCUAAUGCUGCCCACGUGAGCUCGGUGUCCGAGUUCCUACUAGCCCAGCCCUGUCUCAGCUUUGCUUUAAUGGACGCCAGCAAGAAAAAGUUCAAGAAGUCCAUCAUAGAGGAUGAUUCUCACCUAGACGACAUCACAACAGGUGAACUUGAACGGGACGAAAACGAGGACGGAGACAGUAAAGUCGACGGCGUUACUACGUCAGGAGUUCAGAUAAAACUCUACACUGUACACCCUAAGACUCUACAAGAGCUACAGAUUCGUUUCCGCCCGGAGUCGUCGGCCCCUCCGCUACCCACACCAUCAGUUAGCACCAUCUCCCACGACGACACAGGGCUACAGGACGGCCUGUCUUACAUGAGCAUCAGUAUGGAGAUGAGCGUGACCGAUGUGGACAGCAGUAAGGAAAGCCCUAUGUCAGGACAGCCUGCCCCAGUUCUACUCACUCCUGAUGUGUUCAAAGCUAGUCCCAGGAAGGUGACCCCCUCUGACAACAGCAUCCUGGAGCCUGUGAGAGCCAGUGCGGGGUCCAGCACCAGCAGCUUCACUCAUGUGUCGGGACUGAACGAGGACUUUAUGUCUCCGCGCAGCUCAGGAGGAGACCAGUCUGACAUCACACAAACCCCGACCCCCAAGGACCCCACACCUGGACGGGCCAACAUCAAUCCCGAACUUACGCCAGGCUCUGUUCCACUUCCACCGGUCACCAUUUCAGAGGAACAGGAACUACAGACACCAAAGUCUAAGGAGUCCCUCAAUUCCUCAGGGGAAGUAACUCCAAAAGCUGAAAACAGACUGGCCAAUGUGUGUAUUGAUGACCUCUUUGACACCCAGGAGAGCAGCAGCAGGCCAAUCAUUGGGAGAACUUUUGACAGCACUAGUAGUACAACAGGUUUUGAUGUCAAUGACAUUGUCGGCCCUAAACACUCCAGUUCUAAAGAGUACGAUGAAGAUGACGAGGAGGUGGCCGAGGUGCUGGGGGAGACGAUAGAGGAGGAGGAGGAGGAGGAUAGCAAGGAGAUCAUGGAAGGUACUCAGCCGUUCGUGGAACAGGGAACGCAAUCGUCCGCGGGUGAUAGUGAAGGUCAACAGGUUCUCCGCGCCUGGCCACGCCCACCUGAUGUCAACACAGAGGGGCAGUCUCACCCACAGAAAAGCUAUGAAGAUGAAGAGGAGGGAGAUGACGAUGUUCAGGUGGAGGGAGAGGAAAUCUGUGAGGAGGACGAGGAGGAAGACGAGGACGACAUUGUUGUCGGUGAACGGAAAGGAGAAAUAGACACACAGAAUCGGACACGGGACGAGAGUAGCGAGGAAAUUGAGGAACAUAUAGAGGAACAUUUGGAGGAGGAGGAGGAACACAAUAGUCCAAAGGAAGCGCCCGUGUUGAAGGCUGCAGAGAGACAUCAGAUCUCGUCACCAAGGGACAUACCUGUACCGGUACGAGAAAUACACAGGGAAACUAUCCGAGAAGUUAUAGACAAGAAAGUUCUGUCCCAGUUACAGGAUAAUCUACAGAGCGUGCUGCUAGCCCUGGAGGCUCAGAACAACCAGAUACAGCGGCUACAGGAUCAGCUGGUCGAGCAGCAGGAACAGCAGGCGGAGUUACAGCGACAGCAGAUAGAGAUGGAACAGCUGAGACAGAUGGACAAACAGCCACAACCUAGCAUAGAGGAACACCUGGGCAAGCUCGAGUCCAUCGUCACCUCCCGCGUCGAGCGCAUGUUUAGCCAACACGCAAUGAAAGAAAACCAGCGGAUACAGGAUCUGUUACAGCAAACAGAACGUCGUGACCAGCAUCGGCAAGACAAGUUACAGCAGGCCAUUACACAGACGGUCAACCAAGCUGUCCAACUCAACCUAGAGAAACAGGUCAAGAUGGAGAUGAGAAACACACUUGUACCAAAUGUAGCAAAAAUUUUAGAACCAAUCAAGGAACAGCUUCACCAGGACCUGGCUCAGAAGCUCACCGCCACAGACUCCCUUCUAAAGGACAACAUCAGCAAGAUGGUGCGGUCUAGACAAACUGUAGAUGCUAUAGGAAUGGCGGCAGGCAAUGCCCUACAGACCCCCAUACAGGUGGCUUACAGGGAGGCCUUCCAGAACAUUGUAGUACCCAACUUUGAACGUUCCACGCAGAACAUGUUUCAGCAAAUCAACGAAACAUUUACAAAAGGAUCGAGAGAAUAUAUCAAACACCUGGACACACACUUAGACCAAGUCAAACAAAAACACCUGGAGGCUCGAGAUCCGGUUGUGGGACAGUUAAAACAGCUGACAGACUCAUUCCGGACGUCUGCCGAGUCUAUGCAGAGUACUGUGAUGUCAGCAAUACAGAGUCAAAUACACACGGAUAUGGAGAGCUCAAUGACAAGUCUGCAGGAUCAAGUUGUGCAGUUCGUGCGACAGGCCGUGAAGGAGGAGGUCAGUAUAGCAGUCCGAGAACAAGGUGCUAGUAUCAGCGACAGUGUGCUUUCAGCCAUGAGGUCAGGGGCCGUGACCCCAAUACAGGUGACCCCUGACCCCCAUCAGGCCCAGACCCAAAUCCUACAGUUACUACGUCAAGGUCAACUUAAUGCUGCUUUCCAGGAGGCUCUGUCAGCAUCGAACCUGGACCUGGUGAUGUUUGUUUGUGAGACAGUGAACCCCCAACAAGUAUUUAACCAGACGCCGUGUCCUCUACAACAGCCCGUCCUGCUCUCCCUCAUACAACAGUUGUCAGCCGACCUCGCAAACAGCACCGAACUCAAACACAAGUACCUAGAGGAAGCGGUGAUGAACAUGGACAUGUCGAACAGUGUCACCAGAGAACACCUGAAAGGCGUGCUAUACGGACUCAUACAAAAACUCAAGACCUACAUUGCCAGUCACCCUAACGCCAAAACCACACGCUCACUCAAGAUGCUGCAGAUGGCUUCGGAAUCUCUCUUGAAAUAGAUAUAAAUAGAUGACAUCGCUUUCCAAAUUAAUGUGUCUGGUCCGUCACAAGCCCAUGUUCUCCGUCAUCAUAGCAUUGUCCUCUAAAUGGAAAUCAUGUAGUGUGUCAUCAUAUCGCGUGGUCCUGUCAAAGGAGAUCGUGUACUGUGUCAUAUAGUGUAGUCCUCUUGCAGGGACAUGUGUACUAUGUCAUCACAUAACGUUGUCCUCUGAAAGGAAACUGUACUGUGUCAUCAUAUAGUGAUGUCCUCUUGUAGGGACAUGUGUACUAUGUCAUCACAUAGCGUGGUCCUCUCAAAGGAAGGCAGGUCCUAUAUAAUCAUAAAGUGAUAUCCCCUCACACAGGAAAGUGUGUACUGUGUCAUCAAAUAGUGUAGUCCUCUCAAAGGGAGGCAGGUACUAUAUAAUCAUAAAGUGAUAUCCUCACACAGGAAAGUGGGUACUAUGUCAUCACAAAGUGUAGUCCUCUCAAAGAGAGGUGUGUAAUAUAUAGUGAUGUCCUCUCACAAGAAAGUGUGUAGUGACAUGUGUCAUCACAAAGCGUGGUCCUGUCUCAGAGAGGCGUUAACUUUGUCAGCAGAUCACGUGGACUUGUCGAUAGGAAGUUUGUGCUGAGUUAAACGUGCCCUUUCCCUUGGCAUCACUGUCCAGGUGUUGGUGGUGUUUGCUUGUUUAGACUUGUACAGACAGCCCAGCAUGAUGUCAUGGUGGAUACCCCAACAACACGCUGGCUAAUGUUGACCGAGCCCUUCAUACAGGUGACAGAAUCAUAACACAGUCGGUGUAGUGCGUCUGUUAGUAAACAACUAGCUGUGGGUUGCACUUUUGGCAGUGCAAAAGUUUCCCCAGAUUUUACGGUAACUUGAUGAUGGUGUGAAUCUAUAAUCUGCCAAGACAAUGAUCACUGCAAUCGAGAGAACAUGAGCGUUGUUUAAAUGUUAAGCUGUUAAAUUGAACCUUCUGUUAGAAUUAUCAAUGUUUGAAGGAAAGCAAACUUCUGAUCCAGUUGUGAAAGUGAUGUAAGUGGUCAUAUUAGAUAGAUCUAUUUCAGUUUAAAAGUAUCAAAUGAUGCUCCACCGCCUAUAAAACCGUGUUUCAUAUGUAUAUUUAUAAAUAUCUGGAUACAUAAUUAAAUAUUGGCUACGUAAAACUCAUGUUUCAUAGGCCCAAUCUUCAUAUGUAAUAAACUACUGGUUAGGUCAUUAUUUUCUAAAGGUAUAUAUCUGGAAAUUAACUAUUUGCUACGUAAAAAUCAUGUUUCAUAUCUAUAAUCUUCCUAUGUAAUAGGUAAAAUCAGUUUCCAUAGGUAUAUAUUUGGAAAUUAACUGUUAGCUUUGUAACUUAAAAAUAAUUUUACUAGUUAUAAAAAAUGUAUCACUAUUGGCCACGUAACAUUUAUUUUACUAGUUAUGAAAAAUGUAUCACUAUUGGCCACGCAACAUUUAUUUUACUAGUUAUAAAAAAUGUAUCACUAUUGGCCACGUAAAAUUUAUUU